CGCCGCCCCCGCCGCCUGCAUCAAGAGCGAGCUGGGGCCCUGGGCCGAGGGCUAUGCCGGCGCCUACGGCGACGUCCGGUUGGAGACUGGCCGUGAACAUGUCUUGCCCAUUGACUAUUACUUUCCACCUCAAAAGACUUGCCUGAUCUGUGGAGAUGAAGCAUCGGGGUGCCACUAUGGAGCCCUCACUUGUGGUAGCUGCAAAGUGUUCUUCAAACGGGCAGCUGAAGGUAAACAGAAAUACCUCUGUGCCAGCCGGAACGACUGUACCAUCGACAAGUUCAGAAGGAAAAACUGCCCAUCCUGCCGCCUGCGGAAGUGCUACGAAGCAGGGAUGACUCUUGGAGCCCGCAAGCUGAAGAAGCUGGGAAACCUGAAGACACAAGAUGACAUGGAGGCAGCCAGCUCAUCCAGCCCCACAGAGGAGCAAGGUCCCAAGAUGGUGAUGACACGCAUUGACGGGUAUGAGUGCCAGCCCAUCUUCCUCAACGUCCUGGAGGCCAUUGAGCCUGGCAUGGUGUGUGCCGGCCAUGACAACAGCCAGCCAGACUCCUUCUCCAACCUGCUGACCAGCCUGAAUGAGCUCGGGGAGAGGCAGCUGAUCUAUGUGGUCAAGUGGGCAAAGGCCUUGCCAGGAUUUCGCAACCUGCAUGUGGAUGACCAGAUGUCAAUAAUCCAGUACUCUUGGAUGGGCCUUAUGGUUUUUGCUAUGGGUUGGAGAUCUUUCACCAACGUCAAUUCCAGGAUGCUUUACUUUGCUCCAGAUUUGGUCUUCAAUGAAUACCGGAUGCACAAAUCCAGGAUGUACAGCCAGUGUGUCAGGAUGCGGCACCUCUCGCAGGAGUUUGGGUGGCUUCAGAUCACACCCCAGGAGUUCCUCUGUAUGAAGGCUCUGCUCUUCUUCAGUAUUAUUCCAGUGGAUGGCCUGAAAAACCAGAAGCUCUUUGAUGAACUUCGCAUGAAUUACAUUAAGGAACUUGACCGUAUCAUCGCUUGCAAGAGGAAGAACCCUACCUCCUGCUCUCGGCGAUUUUACCAGCUCACCAAGGUCCUGGACUCAGUACAUCCUAUUGCCAAGGACCUACAUCAGUUUACGUUUGACCUUUUGAUUAAGGCACAUAUGGUGAGUGUGGACUACCCUGAAAUGAUGGCCGAGAUCAUCUCUGUGCAGGUUCCCAAGAUCCUGUCUGGAAAAGUCAAGCCUAUCUACUUCCACGCACAGUGAUCUUCCGGAGUUACCUCCUAGUUUGCUGCCCCCAUUUCAGCCAGCUCCUGUCUGUUAUUUCUGCACUACUGCACUGCAGUGCCUUGGGGAAUCCCCUCUACAGAGGCAGUGUGCCAAGAAGAUGGACAGUAACAAGCAACUACCUGCUGGGAUUCCUGAGAUCUGUAUUUUUCCUGAGGUACCUCUGAACUGAACUACCUGUCACGGCUUCUGCCUGGCUGUGGCUGCCUGGCCGUGGCACCGUGUCUACGCUCUCUCAUUUGUGUCUUGUCCACAGUGACUUUUAGUGGCCCAGGGCCACGGGAGAUCCGGAGAAAUGCCAGCAGUUCUGGGGUUUGUUUGGUUUUUUAAAAACAGAACAAGACA